CCUACAAAUAUGCACAAUUCAAAUAUCACUACGAUUCCAUCAUAAUAUUACAAUCACUUCACUUUCACCACUUCUCAUAUUUCUUUCACCUUCAUUGUUUUCUCUCUUCCACUCUAAUUUCAAAAACCAGUCAUGGAAGCAAAAACCAAUAAGAACAAAGUGGAAAAAGUUGAAUUGGGCUGUAAUUUUAUGGCUAAAAUCUUCAAACUCAAAGCCAUCAAGCUCAGAAAUUCAUCAUCUGUUCAUUCACUACCCAUCAAGACAAUUAACAAUCCACAACUAAAUGAAUCCAAAGGGUCACCAAAUCACAUCUCAAAAGUUCCAACAGAGCCUCAACAAGUAAAAAAUCACACACCUUUAGAUUCUGCAAGAAGCUCCAUUCAACAGAGAGAGGUUAAUGGUAAUUCCUUAGGACUUGCAAGAAUAAGCACUACUAGUCGUCAUCACCGCGACAACGAAAACAAGUCACCAAGCAAAGAUUUGAACUCAGUAAAACUCACUGGGAAUUUGCUUAUGAAUAGUAGCUAUAUCAGUCCAAGAACAAGUGUUACAAAGAUUAAUAAAGAGAUGAAUUCUGUGAGUAACGGUGUUAUGGGGAAUAUAAUAAGGAAAAGUGGUGAUGGUGUGUCGCAAUUUCGAAGUCCUAGAAGUGACAGAGUGCUUGAUCCUGAGGUGUUGAAAUCAAUGGGAAAUGAAGCUUAUAAGCAAGGAAGAUUUUCUGAGGCUUUGGCUUUGUAUGAAAGAGCUAUUGCUAUUGAUUCUAAUAAGGCAACUUAUCAUUGUAACAAGAGUGCUGCUUUAAUUGGUUUGGGAAGGUUUCAACAAGCAAUUGUUGAGUGUGAGGAAGCUAUUAGGAUUCAACCUUCCUAUGCUAGAGCUCAUAGCCGUUUAGCAACAAUAUAUUUCAGGUUGGGGGAAGCAGAAAAGGCAUUAAAUUGCAAUAAAGAAACUCCAUAUUGUGAUUCAGAUCUUGCUUUCAAAGCACAUGCUCUUCAAAUUCACCUUAACAAAUGUAGUGAAGCAAGAAAAGUCAAUGAUUGGAAAUUUAUAUUGACAGAAACAAAGUCUGCAAUAUCCUUAGGUGUAGAUUCAGCUCCAAAGGUCUAUGCUUUACAAACUGAAGCCUUACUGAAACUUCUGAGGCAUCAAGAAGCAUAUGCCACCUAUGAAAAAAUGCCAAAAUUUGACCAUGAUUGGUGCAACAAAUUAUUUGGAGCAGAUUUUAGUGCCUACUUUUUGAUGAUAGGAGCACAAAUUUACUUAGCAACCGGCAGGUUUGAGGAUGCUGUGACAGCAUCACAACGAGCAUCCAAGCUUGAUCCGAGCAACAGCGAUGUGAAUGCAGUGGUAAGAAGGGCAAGAGCCGCGACAUCUGCAAGAUUGAGCGGUAACUUGCUCUUCAAGGCAUCAAAGUUCACUGAAGCAUGCGCGGUAUACAAUGAAGGACUAGAGCAUGAUCCGUUCAACUCUGUCCUGCUAUGUAACAGGGCGGCGUGUCGUUCAAAGCUCGGUCAAUUUGAGAAAGCAAUUGAAGAUUGCAACAUAGCUCUUAAAAUUCAGCCUAGUUAUAGCAAGGCAAUGUUGCGUCGCGCUGAUUGCAACGCCAAGUUGGAAAGAUGGGAAGCUGCAAUUCAAGACUAUGAAAUGUUGAUUAGAGAAAAGCCAGGGGAUGAGGAAGUUGCCAGGGCUUUGUUUGAGAUCCAGCUAAAACAAAAGAUGUUGCGCGGCGAAGAUAUCAAGAACUUGAAGUUUGGCUCAAAUUUGGUUUGCAUCUCAAGCAAUGAUAGGUUUAGGCAUUAUGUAACUUCACCUGGUAUGUCUGUAGUGCUUUUUUGCAACAAGGGCAAAGCAACUCAUAAGCAAAUUUUGUUGGUGUUGGAGCAAACCUGCAAGAGAUUCCCAUCAGUUAAUUUCCUUAAGGUGGAGAUUGAGGACCAUCCAUACUUGACAAAAUCAGAAGGUGUAAACACCAUUCCAGCCUUCAAAAUAUACAAGAAUGGAUCAAGGGUUAAAGAAAUUUCUGGCAACAACCAUGAGUUGUUAGAAAGAUCAGUUAAAUUAUAUAGUAGCUGAAAAUAUUUUACAUUUUUUUUCUUCUACAAAUGUCAACAACAUACAUUACAGGAAAUGAUUAAGAAUGUUAGAUUUUUCAGAAUAAACAUGCUUACAUGGCAAUGGAAAGCAAUAGGAAAAGGGAAAUUUUUGUGUUAGGAAUUGAUUCUUUUAAAUCUUUGGAUGUUUGAUUAGGCUUUAAUUCUUCAUACUCCAUAUUCCAUGGGAUGGAAAUUGGUUUCGGAAACCUCAGGCAGUUUUUUUAUUAAUUUAUUUACUGGAGUGGUUUUUCUAUGUUUGCCAUUUUAAAUUAUUAAUUACUACAUUUAAGGAAAACGAUUGCUGUAAAUUAAAGAAUCUUUGUGCAUAA